AUGGCGGGGACGCGGAAUUACGACUUUCUAAUCAAACUCCUGCUCAUCGGAGACUCUGGCGUGGGCAAGUCCUGCUGCCUGCUUCGUUUCAGCGAAGACUCCUUCACCCCGUCCUUCAUCACCACCAUCGGCAUCGACUUCAAGAUCAGAACAAUAAACCUCGACGGCAAGCGGGUAAAGCUGCAGAUAUGGGAUACUGCCGGACAGGAGAGAUUCCGAACUAUCACUACUGCCUAUUACCGCAAUGCCAUGGGCAUCCUGCUUGUCUAUGAUGUCACUGACGAGCGAUCAUUCAAGAACAUCCGAACUUGGUUCUCGAACGUUGAACAGCAUGCCAGCGAGGGAGUUCACAAGAUACUAAUCGGUAACAAAUGUGACGGAGAAGAGAAGCGCGCCGUAACGGUCGAGCAGGGCCAGCAGCUCGCCAACGAGCUCGGUAUCCCGUUCCUCGAAGUCUCUGCCAAAAACAACAUCAACGUCGACAAGGCCUUCUACAGUCUCGCCACCGAAAUAAAGAAGGACAUGGAUGUCUCCAAGGCAGAACAGGCUGGCUCCCAGGGCGUCAACAUAGACAACCAGAACGGUGGCGCCGGCGGCUCUCUCGGGAAGUCAUGCUGCUAG